AUGGAUCGAGAUAAAAAGAUGUCAGACGACAAAGAUAAGUUUCCUUUUGCAAACCCGAAACCUCAUGUUGCUUUAUCAGACGGUUUGAGAAACAAAGUAAAAAGAAUAGGCKUGCAGGGAGAUUCAACGRAUCCAAUUAUGAUUGAAUUUGAAGAUAUCUGUGCSGCUGARUUUCGUAUCAGGAAUAGAAUCAAGCAAACACCAUGUGAGAAAGCGACAUUUUCUAAUUCUGACAUAGCUGAUAUGGAAAUAUUUUUCAAGAAAGAGUACUUGCACACCACUGGAAGUUUUAAAGAAAGAGGCGCACUGAACACCCUACUUUUACUCUCUGAGGAUCAGAAAGAACGUGGAGUAAUAGCAGCGUCGGCAGGGAACCACGCCCAAGCACUAGCGUAUCACGGAAACGCGUUAAAUAUCCCAGUAACGGUCGUUAUGCCUGAUGGUGCACCUAUCGUCAAACAGACGAUGUGUAAAGAGUAUGGAGCAAAUGUCGUUCUUAAAGGACAYAAUCUACAAGAGUCUAAAGAAUAUGCUGUCAACAUGGCUCAAGAACAGAGUCUGGCAUAUAUCAAUGGGUAUGACCAUCCUCACAUCUUAAGUGGUCAAGGAACUAUUGGUUUAGAAAUUAUCAACCAGGUCYAUCCACUAGACGCCAUUAUUGUUCCUGUUGGAGGUGGUGGGAUGUUAGCUGGUAUUGCUAAAGCAGUCAAGUCAGUCUACCCUCAUAUACAAAUCAUUGCAGUAGAGUCUGAACGAUGUCCUAGUUUUAAGGCAGCGAUGGAAGCCGGUAAACCUGUCAAGGUGGAUGCCCAUCACUCGUUGACCAUAGCCGACGGUCUAUGUGUACCUGAGGUUGGAAGCAACGCUUUCGCAAAUUGUAAAGAUUUGGUCGACAAAGUGGUCAUUGUACGAGAGGACUUCAUAGGCUUGGCUAUAUUAUAUCUCAUGGAAAUGGARAAAGCCGUUGUAGAAGGAGCGGGAGCAUCUGGUCUAGCAGCCGUUUUAUCUGGUCAACUUCCAGAAUUAAAAGGAAAAAGAGUAGUAAUUCCACUAUGUGGAGGCAACAUCGACCCAGCAGUUGUUGGUAGAUGCAUUGAUCGAGGUCUCGCCACAGAUGGUAGACUUGUGAGGUUUGUUGUGACGGUGAGCGACAGACCCGGUGGCAUGGACAGCCUCGUCAAGCUUGUGGCAAAAUCCGGCGCAAAUAUCAAAGACUUAUUCCAUGAAAGAGCAUGGCUGAAGAGUAGUGUUUUCAAAGUACAGUGCAAAGUCAUUGCUGAAGUAAGAGAUAGAGCACAUGCUGAAAUAUUGAAAGAAACACUGGAAAAAACAUACGAUGAAGUCCACUGGAACACUGAACAUGCUUCAUCUUACACAUAAAAAUUCUGCCACCAAAAUAUUUACUAUAUGGAGCGUUUUUAUCAAUACAUAUUUCAAAAUAAACKUUUCAGAUAUUUAUUUUAAUAAACAAGCAUU